GUGCAUCCGGAAAUAUGUUAAUAACGGGACAAUAACAACAACAAGCAACUGAAUAAAUGGCCAUUUAAACAUCCACGGCUCGUCAUUUACGUUGACAUUUCAUGAGUUCUUGCUAGUAUUAAAAAAACAUAUUUCAUUAUAAAAUUCAUGAAACGCAAAUAGCAAUUCGUUUUCUAAGAAUUUGCUUUCAUUUAAACAUACAGGGAUAUGUUUCGGACUAUGAAAAAUUCGGAUAUGCAGAGCUUAUAAGUAAGUUUGGUAUGCAAAAACUACAAUGGCCAGCAUAAGCUGCCUUCCUGAAGAAAUUCAAGCAUAUAUUUUGAGCAAACUAAAUGGACAUGCUGCAGCCAUGUGCAAAAAGGUGUGCCGACUGUGGAAGGAACUGAUUGAAGGACUUGAGACAUGCAUGCAUUUCUGGUUACGUUGUUGCCUGAAAGAGAUUCCUCUUUCCUCGCUCGCACAGUUUGCUCGGCUGACAGAUGUUGAUGAAGAGUUUGUUAAGAUCUUUAGAAGCCUGGCCAGGGACUACCAGUUUCAUUACACUAGCCAGAUACCCUGGCAGUUCUGGAGAGAGGUGUAUGCUGAACACUAUAGAUGUAGUUAUGUUGUGACUGGUAAAGCAAAGAUCAGUGAGUUCCCUUGCUACCAAUCGCCUGGUGAAGUUUCCUGUGUCUGCGUGCAGGAUAAUGUAGUGUACACGGGGCAUGACAGUGGUGCAGUAAUGAGCCUGUGCAGUACUGAUAGUGGACUCAAGGUGGACAUGCUGUAUCGACAUCACAAGAGGGUCACUGACAUCUGCUUCCUUAACUCAGUGAGUAUAAGGCAGUUACUGUCAGGAGACACCCUGAAUGUUGUGGUCACAUGCUCCAAGGACGGAUGUGUGAUCCUCUACAAUCCGGACACUGAAAGAUCCACCACUGUACAGCACUAUAGCAAGCAGGUGAACCAAAUAAGGUCUUGGGGUCAGCAUUUAGUGGCUGCAGCUAACCGCAGUCUGCUGCAGGGCCAACCUGUCUGGAAAUUUAACCAGUCAGAUCACUCCAUUGAUAUCACAUGCACGCUGUACAGCCAAUCACCAGCAAAUAUCACAGCAGUAGCUUUGUGGGGGAAUAUGGUAGUGUCUGGUGAUGCAUGUGGCCGUGUGUUUGUGCGAGACUGGUUGGGCUGCAGUGGUGACCAGGUGAUGACCCAGGUGACCUGCCUGGGUAGCAGAGUGAGGAGCAUCUUUGUGGUGGGCAAGAGGAUUAUCUGCUACACUGACGACAUGUUGCACAUCAGUCAGAACCUGGGUGCCACCAGCCCUGGCAACAUGAAGUUUGAAGCCAUUGACAUCUACCAUCCGUUACAUAAGGUCUCUGAGUGUGUGGCAAUACGGGGACCAGUGCUUGCAAUAGGCUUUCGUCCAGGGUUUGUGCAUGUGUACCACAUGCCUGAUGACUCCAGUUGGGACUCCCUCCAACUGGAGAGCCCCGCCCAGGUGAUACGUCUGGCGAGAGAUCAUGUGCAUGCCUUGGAUAUCGCUGACAAUGGCACUGGACCUGUCAUAGCUGCGGCAACUGAGGACCGCUGUGUGUACCUUAUUACUAUGGAGAGAAGUGGAACGAUAACUACGUCUGUGUGAUAUACUGGACAGAAGUAGAUAGAUAACUACUACCGUGUGAUAUCCUGGGUAGAAAUGGACAGAUUAAUAUUGUAUGGCACUUAUAUAAGGUAGCAGUGUACAGAUUAAUACUGUGUGAUAGGUAUGCCGGGUAGGAAUGGAAUGAUCAAUUGUGUGUUACACUUAUACUAUGGAGGAGUGGACUGAUUAAUACUGGAAGACACAAACCUUGGAUAGUUUGAUGGAUGAAUAAUGGGUUACUUUUUCCUUGAAUAGGAGUUCAGAUACAAUAUGUGUGACAAAUUUGUGAAUAACUCUCCAAAAAAACAUUAAGUACAUAUUGAUCAGCUGUAGCUCUGUAGGGCUACCUGUAGCAACAAGAAAUGUCAAAAUAUAUGCAUUUAUUUGAUCUAACACUAUAGCCUAUACUAAUAUAUCACAGCUGAAAGCAUAAGUGAACAGAUAACUACAGUGCUCCACAUCAUGUAUGCCUCAUUAGUUGUACAAGAUAUACAGAAAGCAAAGUUUAGAACUAUUUCAGGGAAUAAAAGGAACAAACCAUUUAAAAAUAUGUACACAAUAUAUAAAUAGUUGAAGAAUUUUGUUUAAAAAUAACACCUGGUCCACCUGUAACUACAAUAUUGCUACAAUAUAUAUCUAUGGUGUUUUAAUGGUAUUUAAAAAAUGUACAGUGUAUCCUUUACUUAUUUUAGUGUCUUGAGACAUAAAAUGUCCACUUGAACCAUUGCCACUUAACCAAGGUCCACUUUAACCAUUGUCCACUUAAAUCAUUCCAGACCGUUUUGAAUAUUGCAUUACCUAUAUGUCUUGUAUUUAAUACAGUAUUGACUGCCUAAAGCUUACGUGUUUGCUGUAUCAUGAAAAUGUGUAAACAUGUGUGGAUUGUUUUAUUACCAGCUGUGUUCAGUAUAUUAGUAUUCACAUACAUUUUAUAUAUCAGUUAAAGUAUUUAUUAAAUGUUAAAGCCAA